GCCUGCUGCUACUUAAGCGAGAUCCGCUGAGCAAGCACAAGACGUUUGUACGAAAUGGGAUAGUCUUUUCGUUGGGAAAUAUGAAGCUGGCCUCGCUCAACCUCGCCUACAACAGGCUAGACCGCUUUAGUGUCGCGAUGCUUUGCCACGUGCUGACGUACCAGGCGGCCAGACGCGACGCGCAUGCUCAAACACAUGCACACACGUAUGAGCGCGAGCAAUCGCGGUUACGUGUACAAGGACACGGGCAUCCGCGUGCGCGCGAGCAGUCUCACGUGCAUGUGGACGCGCAUGGCCACGGGCAAGGCCACGUUCAGGAUCACGAUGAAGUUGGGCUGAUGCGCGUGCAGAUAGACGGCAACCCCGUGGCCGAGGACAGCGCCGAGCUGCGGGAGCUGCAGGUGCUACUGGAGCGCAUACUUAGCGUCAAAGAAGAGCGACAAGGGCACCGCAAGCCCGCGCCCAAGCACCGCCCUCAGAAGCAUUAAACAAUUUGAUUUUUGCCGAUAGCCCCCCCACCCGCCUUCUCCACAGGAUUCGCUAAAGGGGACAACUGAAAACCUAGAGAAUCGAAAAAUGUAGAUCUAGAUCCUAGAUUAUCGGCUGGCGACGCUUAUGGCUAUAGUUAUUCAAUGUCCGAUUACAUCCUCUUAUGUCGCAUUGUUUUACUUUUAAGCUCAUAAAAUAAAUUAAAUUUAGU